AUGCAUGAGCUGCAGCCGACCGAGACCGUCUCCCUGACGAGCAACAGAAGUGCGCUCGUGUGCGAGCCUCCGUACAGCGAGGGCCGCUUGUCGCUGGUGCUGCUGUACAGCGUGGUGCUGGCUGUGGGACUGCCCGCUAACCUGCUGACUGUUUACCUCACCUGGCUGCAGGUGCGUAGGAAGAACGUGCUGGGAGUUUACCUGUGGAGCCUGUCGCUGUGUGACCUCACCUAUCUGGGCACUCUGCCGCUGUGGGCGCACUACGUCAACUACGAUCACUGGUGGCCGUGGAGCUCGGCCGCCUGCAAGCUAACAGGCUACAUCUUCUUCAAUAACAUGUACAUCAGCAUCUUCCUGCUGUGCUGCAUCUCCUGCGACCGCUACGUCGCCGUGGUCUAUAGUGUGGAGUCCCGCGGCCUGCGUCGGCAGCGCUUCGCCUUCCUCAUUGCCCUCGCCAUCGCGUUGCUGGUCGCCGUCGGUCAUGUCCCUGUCUUCACCAUGAGGGAGGGUGAUGCCGCAGAAGGCAACCACCGCUGCUUUGAGCCGAGUCAGAGCAGCACCACAGUGACGGGCUUCUACUACGCCCGCUUCGUGGUCGGCUUCCUGAUCCCGCUGGUGGUGCUGGUGGUGACAAACCGCGGCAUCAUGACCAACGUGCAGCGUAGUACGGGGCUGCGGCGGGAGCAGAAGGAACGCGUUCGCUGGCUGGCAGUGGCGGUGGUGGUACUGUUCCUGGUCUGCUUUGCUCCGUAUCACAUCAUCCUGCUGGUCAGAGCCAUAAUCUUCCAUUUCCCCCGGCUGGAGGACGGUACCUGUCUGUUCGAGAGGACCAUGUACACUCCGUACACCAUCUCGCUUGGCCUUUCCACCGUCAACAGUGCCGUCAACCCCAUCCUCUAUGUGCUGUCCAGUGACAACAUCCGCAAAGAGCUAAGCCGAGGCCUCGCACAGGUGUGUGACCGGGCACACCUUAGACCACGAUCCAACAGUAGCCAGAACAAGAUCCAGCCCACCAGGAACUCCUCAGAGUUGAACGCUGUGACUGAGACCGAGAGACACCAGGGAGGAAAACCAUCAGGGACUUGA